UCCAAGUUGUUAUCACAAGUCCAGAAUUUCAAAAGGAGUGUUAUAACUGCACCGAACAAUUGAUUUUUUCGUUUUUUUAAUGAAUAUUAAAAGACCCCAUCACAUCAAAUAUAGUACUAUAUAGUUAUAUAAUUGGCAGCACAGAUAUAUAUAUAUAUAGAGAGAGAGAGAGAGAGUGUGUAGAUGAAGGAGAAGAGAGAUACUUCACAUGGGAUGUUCUAUUUGAUUCUGUGUUGAACAGAACAGUAGUUUUACAAAGAACAUUCCUUUUUUAUUUUUAUUUUUUGGGUCAGCCAUGGAUGUUCCAUUGCCACUACAAAGACCAUUGAGUUGCACAAGUGUUUCCAAUGGAAGAACUCACCUCAAGAUCAAACCUUUUCUUGGUUUUGUCCCUCAUGGAACCACAAGUCUAUCAUUACAAUCUUCUUCUUGGAGGAAUGAUGGAAUGGUUGCUGGGGUUUCAUUUCCAUUUUGUGCAAGUGCGGGUUUCUCCAGAAGAAGACGGAGAAAAAUUUCAAGUCCUAGGAGUCAAGGCUCUUCACCAAAGGGAUUUGUGCCAAGGAAGCCUUCAGGGAUGAGCACACAAAGAAAGGAUCAGAAGAGCAAUGGUGAUAAAGAAAGUCAAAGUACUUCAUCAUCCAAAGAAUCUGAAAUUUCCAACCAGAAGACGAUUGAAGCAGAAGUUGAAACUAGUGACGAUGACACUAAAGGAGUGGGAAUGGACCUCAAGUUUCUGGAGGAUGACGAUGAAAUCAACGGUUCCACUAAAUCAAUAAGUCAGUUACCUGUAACUCAAUUUGUUGAAAGUGAAGAAACUGGUGAUGAUGACAAGGAUACUGUUAAGUUAAUUAAACCAACAAGAACGGAAGAGAGUGAUUUUCUAAUUGAUUCCGUAAUAAGAGAACAAAGUGGAGGUGACUACUCCGAAAAUUCUCAGGGGGAAACUAAUGCCAGUAGAAAGGGCAGCCAUGCUGUGGGUACUAAACUUUCUGAGAUAUUGCAGGUGGACCCUGAUGAGUUGAAUGAGCCUCAAAAGUUGAAAGAAAAUAUUGCUGGGUAUGUUGAGUACAAAGGACCUGGAGCAAGCGAGCUAUUGGAAAUGACUAAGCCUAAUGACGUGGAACGUAUUGGUGACUUAGACAGUAGUAGUUUCUUAAAAUCAGAUUCAGUUGAAGAGGGUGAUCCAUUAACUGCAGGAACAUUAGAGACUGAAGAUACUUCGCUAAACUUAAGAUUGGAGAUGGAAGGACCUGGAGCAAGCGAGCUAUUGGAAAUGACUAAGCCUAAUGAUGUGGAACAUAUUGGUGACUUAGACAGUAGUAGUUUCUUAAAAUCAGAUUCAGUUGAAGAGGGUGAUCCAUUAACUGCAGGAACAUUAGAGACUGAAGAUACUUCUCUAAACUUAAGAUUGGAGAUGGAAGCAAAUCUACGUAGGCAGGCUACAGAAAGGCUUGCCGAGGAAAAUUUAUUGCAAGGAAUCAGAUUAUUUUGUUUUCCAGAGGUUGUAAAACCUGAUGAAGACGUCGAAAUAUUCCUCAACAGAAGUCUUUCUGCUUUGAAUAAUGAGCCUGAUGUCUUGAUUAUGGGAGCUUUUAAUGACUGGCGCUGGAGAUCUUUUACUACUAGGCUAACUGAGACUCAUCUCAAUAGAGAUUGGUGGUCUUGCAAGAUCCAUGUUCCCAAGGAAGCAUACAAGAUUGAUUUUGUGUUUUUUAAUGGACAAGAUGUCUAUGACAACAAUGAUGGAAAUGACUUCAGUAUAACUGUGGAAGGUGGAAUGCAAAUUAUCGAUUUCGAAAAUUUCUUGCUCGAGGAGAAAUGGAGAGAACAGGAGAAACUUGCUAAAGAACAAGCUGAGAGAGAAAGACUAGCAGAAGAACAAAGACGGAUAGAAGCAGAGAAAGCUGCAAUUGAAGCUGACAGAGCACAGGCAAAGGAAGAGGCUGCAAAGAAAAGGGAAGUAUUGCAAGCACUGAUGGCAAAAGCCUCGAAGACUCGUGAUAGCACCUGGUAUAUAGAGCCAAGUGAAUUUAAAUGCGAGGACAAGGUCAGGAUAUGCUAUAACAAAAGUUCAGGUCCUCUAUCCCAUGCUAAGGACUUAUGGAUCCAUGGAGGACAUAACAAUUGGAAGGGUGGCUUGUCUAUUGUUGAAAAGCUUGUUAAAUCUGAGAGAAUAGAUGGUGAUUGGUGGUAUGCAGAGGUUGUCAUCCCUGAUCGGGCACUUGUCUUGGAUUGGGUUUUUGCUGAUGGUCCACCCAAGGAUGCCAUUGCUUAUGAUAACAAUCAUCGCCAAGACUUCCAUGCCGUUGUCCCCAAACACACGCCGGAGGAAUUAUAUUGGGUUGAGGAAGAACAUCAGAUUUUUAAGACACUUCAGGAGGAGAGACGGCUUAGAGAAGUAGCUAUGCGUGCUAAGGCCGAAAAAACAGCACUCCUGAAAGCUGAAACAAAGGAAAGAACUAUGAAAUCAUUUUUAUUGUCUCAGAAGCACAUAGUGUAUACUGAGCCUCUUGAUAUCCAAGCUGGAAGCAGUGUUACAGUUUACUAUAAUCCCGCCAAUACAGUGCUUAAUGGUAAACCUGAAAUUUGGUUCAGAUGUUCAUUUAAUCGUUGGACUCACCGCCUGGGUCCCUGGCCACCUCAGAAAAUGUUGCCUGCUGAAUAUGGCACCCAUGUCAAAGCAACUGUGAAGGUUCCAUUGGAUGCAUAUAUGAUGGAUUUUGUAUUUUCCGAGAGAGAAGAUGGUGGAAUUUUUGACAAUAAGAGCGGAAUGGAUUAUCACAUACCUGUGUUUGGAGGAGUCGCGAAAGAACCUCCGAUGCAUAUUGUCCAUAUUGCUGUGGAAAUGGCACCUAUUGCAAAGGUGGGAGGCCUUGGUGAUGUUGUUACUAGUCUUUCCCGUGCUGUUCAAGAUUUAAACCAUAAUGUGGAUAUCGUCUUACCUAAGUAUGACUGUCUGAAGAUGAAUCAUGUGAAGGACUUUCGGUUUCAUAAAAGCUUCUUUUGGGGUGGGACUGAAAUAAAAGUAUGGUUUGGAAAGGUGGAAGGUCUCUCGGUCUACUUUUUGGAGCCUCAAAACGGGUUUUUUGGGAAGGGGCGUGUAUACGGUUGUAACAAUGAUGGUGAACGAUUUGGUUUCUUCUGUCACGCAGCUUUGGAGUUUCUUCUGCAAGGUGGAUUUCAUCCGGAUAUCAUUCAUUGCCAUGAUUGGUCUAGUGCUCCAGUUGCUUGGCUCUUUAAGGAACACUAUACACACUAUGGUCUAAGCAAGUCUCGUAUUGUCUUCACGAUACAUAAUCUUGAAUUUGGGGCAAAUCUCAUAGGGAAAGCAAUGACUUUUGCAGACAAAGCUACAACAGUUUCACCAACUUACUCACAGGAGGUGUCUGGAAACCCUGUAAUUGCACCUCACCUUUACAAGUUCCACGGUAUAGUGAACGGUAUUGACCCAGAUAUUUGGGACCCGUUAAACGAUAAGUUCCUUCCGAUCUCGUACACCUCGGAAAAUGUUGUUGAAGGCAAAGCAGCAGCCAAGGAAGCUUUGCAGCAAAAACUUGGACUGAAACAGGCCGACCUUCCUUUGGUGGGAAUUAUUACCCGCUUAACUCACCAGAAAGGAAUUCACCUCAUUAAACAUGCUAUUUGGCGCACGUUAGAACGGAAUGGACAGGUGGUCUUGCUUGGUUCUGCUCCUGAUCCUAGGAUACAGAACGAUUUUGUUAAUUUGGCAAAUGAAUUGCACUCCAAAUAUAAUGACCGUGCACGGCUCUGUCUAACCUAUGAUGAGCCACUUUCUCACCUGAUAUAUUCUGGUGCUGAUUUCAUUCUAGUUCCUUCAAUAUUUGAGCCAUGCGGACUAACACAACUUACGGCAAUGAGAUAUGGUUCAAUUCCAGUAGUGCGUAAAACUGGAGGACUUUAUGAUACUGUAUUUGAUGUUGACCAUGACAAAGAGAGAGCGCAACAGUGUGGUCUUGAACCAAACGGAUUCAGCUUUGAUGGAGCUGAUGCUGCCGGAGUUGAUUAUGCUCUGAAUAGAGCUCUCUCUGCUUGGUACGAUGGUCGGGAUUGGUUCAACUCUUUAUGCAAACAGGUCAUGGAACAAGAUUGGUCUUGGAACCGACCUGCUCUUGACUACUUGGAGCUUUACCAUGCUGCUAGAAAGUUAGAAUAAUUAGUUUGAGAGAUACUAGCAGAAAGAUUCACAAGAUCUUCAAUCUGUACAGGUUCAGUGUUAGUGUUUUGACGACAUUUCUUUUCCUAUAGUAAAGUAUACUUGCAAGUCUACCCCGAGAUCAAUAGCAGAGAGUGCUCAGUUAAGUUAAUUUUUUGUGCAGCAUAUGAAAUAGUUUAGCCUCAAAUAAUGUAGUCUAUUGAUGUUUAUUCAUUUUGAGAAGUGAGAGAUCAAAGGAUGCAAAAUACUUC